AGGCUACGACAUUGACCGCAUACAAUUACACGCAGCUUCAAGUAUAUGUUCCAGCGGCCUUUAAGCCCAAUUCUGUAACUUUCUCACGAUAACCGUCGUACCUGUGCAGCACAACGCACGAUGCUCCUUCUCGACUACCAGAAUGUCCUGCUUCAAUCCAUCCUGACUGAGCGCUUCUCGGGAGCACCGCCUCAGUCCAUAGACCAAGUCGUGUCUGACUUCGACGGUGUCACAUUCCACAUCUCCACUCCUACUUCGAAGUCCCAAAUUUUGAUCUCUCUCGCCAUCAAGUGCUUCCGAGAACUCGUCCAGUAUGGAGCAGAAGCUGUCCUCCAGCGAGAAUAUGGGAAUUACAUUACCCAAACCGAAGCGGGGUAUGAUUUCAGCAUUUUGAUUGAUCUGGACAAUUUGCCGGCCACACCUGAAGAGAGAGAAGAGCUCGUCCGUCGAAUCAGUCUGCUCAAGCGGAACGUUAUGGCGGCGCCAUUUGAAAAGGCAUUCGAUGAGUUCGCCCGGCUUUCCGAGGAGGCCGCCAAGUACACGUCCGAAUCAGCACCACAAGGUGUACGAGAAGGGGGAGAGGUCUCGGCUAUUCAUUAUCGUGAAGAGGAGGCUAUCUACAUCAAAGCCAGCCACGACCGGGUGACAGUCAUCUUCUCGACACUCUUCAUCGAUGCAGUCGAUAGAAUCUUUGCAAAGGUUUUCUUACAAGAGUUCGUUGAUGCAAGAAGGAGAGCCAUCCAGAACGCGCCACAGGUGCUAUUCCGAAGCGAUCCCCCGCUUGAGCUGCAAGGGCUGAAGGGUGUUGGAAAGACCGGCGAGAAAGGUGAACUAGGAUUCAUCACAUUUGUGUUGUUUCCCCGACAUCUCACUCGUCAAAGACGAGAAGAUGUCAUCUCGCAUAUCCAGACGUUCCGUGAUUACUUCCACUAUCAUAUUAAAGCCUCCAAAGCAUACAUCCAUUCCAGAAUGCGGCGUAGGACCGCAGACUUUCUGCAAGUCCUUAACCGUGCUAGACCCGAGACUGAAGAACGAGAGAGGAAAACUGCGAGCGGCAGAACAUUCAGAGUGCAGGGCUGAGUGCUGUGGCUUGGGAACUAUGAUCGACGACACGACGACACCUGACAUGCGCGAUUACGAAAGAUUUGCUCGGCCAUGCUGGCUCUUGUUGGACUUUGUACAGGGACACUUGGCGGCUACUUGCGUUGCCUCAGCAGUUGGCAUCCUAGGCGAACGUCCGAGUAUCAGCCGAGACUAUUCAGCGCCCCUAAGAGGAUCUGGGCUACCAUGUAGUACUCGUAUACCUGCAUCUGUCUGGCGGGUCAGCUGGUCCUUUGACGAGACACCCCAAAUAGAACAUCCCACAGUGCCUUCCUUUCCUCCCCCAUAAACACUUAUUUGCCUCGGGACAAUGAGUUUGCAGAUCAGAACAACCUUUCGACUCGGACACGUCACAGCCACUACGUCGAACAGGGCGCAGACACGAGCGCUAAGUACUGCUCUUCUUGGGCGAGGAGUACUGCUGCUCGUCUCUCUCUCGCGCGGUGGGUAGAGGUAGACACAGCGCCAGGAAGAAUGGGUUCCUUACUUG